AUGUCGUCCCAUAACCGCAACCCUAUGGGUAAAAAUCAACAUGCUACUGUCCCGUCUGUGGAUGACCCUCGUCUCGCUGAAGCGCUGACGAAAUUUCAUCGCGAGGGAUUGUCCAGUAAUAGCCGUAUAAAGCAGAGGCUGUUUGCAGAGUACGGGAUUUCAGCCAGUGUCUCUUCUAUCAAGCGUCGGAGGAAUGACCUUCAGUUAUUGGGACCUCGUUCCAAACUGCAAAAGCUCACCAAAAAGGAGAAAGAGCAAGUUGUUUUACAACAGCUUGACAGAGACCCUUCGAAAGGACAAGGGCUCGGGACUAUCAAAAAUCACAUUGCCCACGACCAGGGUAUUCAAUUGGCGCGUGACACUAUAUCUGGCAUCAUGCACCUUCAUGAUGUGGAUGUGUUUCUUGCUCAUGAGCCGGGGGCAAAGAGGAUCCACCGUGUACCCAAGGCACCAAUUGGCGUCCACGAGAGGUGGUCAGGCGACGGCCACGAUAAGCUCUAUAAGAUAGGUUUCCCAAUAUGGGCUGUCGUCGAUGAUGCAACAGCGAGAUGGCUCGCUGCACGGGUUGUUCCAAGCAAUCGAAUGGGUGACAUAAUCGGCUAUUUAUUUCUUUGCCUCGUCCUCAAAUACAAAGGGCUUCCUCUCCAGUUUAGUACUGAUUGCGGCUCAGAAACGACACAACUGUAUGGGCUUGUUAAUGCUCUUCGUCAAUUGAGCCAGUGGCUUUGGUCUAAAACUCUCCAGCUCGCACUCGAUGGUUUCACCGAAAUGCGAAAUGGACAGAAGAUGCGUAAAGAUAAUGAAAAGGCUGGUCCCUCUGGUUGCUCUCGGAAUGAGGCAUUCUUCUUGCCGCAGAACUUCGGCCUGGUAGACAAGCUACUCCCUCUCAACGACGAUCAACUCAAGAUUGUAUUCGAAAUCAAAGAGUUCAUGGGUGGCGAUGCCCUCCUUGCUUUUGCAUCCCCAGAGUUCUCAGAGAAGGCGGAAAUUGUGUACCAGUCCUUAGGCGUCACAGAGCUGACCAUACAUAAUGCGUGGCAUAUUUUCGAGGCCCUUCUUCCAUUGUUCUACAUCUCUUCAACACCUUUCACUGUGCUCAUCGCAAUGGCUAAGUGUUCAUACUGUGGUAUUGACUUUCCACUUCUGGCCGACCAGGACAAUGAAGCAGGGGUUCGGUGUGGUAAAUGCACUCUGCGGGUACCUGGAAUCUCAGUCCCCGAAAUCACAGCCAUCAAUGUAUGCCUUACUAUGCCGCAAUCUUGGGGCCCACUAAAAGCCAAAAUCUUAAAUAGGACAAACCACAUACGGUGCCAGUUUUUCUACAACGAAGAUGCACUUAUUUCGAGUGGAACAGAGAAAGCACCCCACAUACCAACAACCAUUCUCAGGAUACAAGGAGUCACGCCACUUUUAUUGGAGCAGAAUGCGACAGAUAUGGGGGGUACUGUUAGUUUGACAGAACGCGCAUCGGCUAUCAUAAGUUCCGCCCAAGGAUAUCAAGCGCAAGCUUCGGAUCCCCGAUUGAAUAAGCCCAGCACUGCACGUGGAGUAGAAGGAGGUCUCAACAAACUCAAGAACUUAAGCAAAGCGCAAACUGUUGUGGUGGAACGGAAGGCGAAAAGAGAAGAAGCCAAUCUGGUUGGUACUGGGAUUAAAGUUGGUGCAACGCUUUGGAAGAUUCCCGAACAAGGAAAGAUGACAAAGAUUGAGCCCAUCCGAGUCGUUCACGUCUUUAGCCCAGAAACUGAGACGAAAGAUGCACUUGGGACACUGUUGGGCAUGGUCCGGAAACCAUUUGUGGAUCAAUAUCCUGAUGCCGAUAUGUUGACGUGGGCGAAUAUUAGCCUCUAUGCUCAUGAAAACCAGCAAAAAUACUCGUCGCUUGAACACUUUGAUCAAAGGCUUCCUAUGGAACAGUUUUACCAUGAAUUUGUCAAGGGGAAAUUAGUGGCUGAAACGAUGUUAAAGGACAAAAAAAUUGAAAUACGCUUUGCCUUUUUUGAGAACCAAGUCUUCCAUGACGGUUAUCAACAUUCCGCUGAGUCGUACCGCCUCCCAAGCAAAUCGAGAGUGUCUUCUUUUACGAAGGCAACCUCAACUUUCGGAUUGAGAAGCAAAAAACAGAGAACCGGGCUGGCCUCCAGCUCUAGCCAUCAAGUCUCCGCUAGGCCGACCCAAACUUCAUUUGUUUUUGCUGUACCAGAUGUUCCCCAGCAUGUCAAUAAUCGUGUGGUACUGAAAAGUGCUUUCCGGCCGACUACUGCCCCCCCCAAAUGGACUCGCGAUAUCAAAAUGGUGACUUGCUCGUUUUUACGAACCAAGGCAACCUAUUCCCUUAAAGACGGCCUCAAUGUACAUUUUGUAACAUCAGAGACUACGGAAGAGAUACAAAUUGCGGCCAAUUGGGAAAAAGCUGGCGACGAUGGAUAUGUUGGCGAAGGCUCUACAAAACAAGGAAUAUAUGCGAGAUUUUCAGGAAAAGAAUAUGUCUUAACACAGCCAAUUGAUUCUUACAUGGACAGCAGUGCCGUAAAGAGCGUUUUGCAAGCCGAGUACGCCCUGUUAUGCAUAGGCGACACCCUGAAGCAUGAAUUUGACAACUAUGCUCGUGAAUCGGGUGCCAACACGCUACCAGCCACACGUCUGUUACCCUGUGGCAAAUUCGAUGGAAAAAUCAAGAAGUUCACAGGGAACGACGAAUUUGGAGAUGCUGAUGAUCAUCUCACCAGAGCUGUGCACGCAUUCUCUCAUUUCACAGCCGUUUACACCCAACAAAACAUUAUCCUAUGUGAUCUUCAAGGCAAGAUUUGA